AUGAAGUCGCCCAUAACUGAGCACCUCGAGAGAGUCCUGGAACUGACCCGACCGGUCGAAUCCGGCCAUGUAGCCGACUACAUCGACGUGCUCGCGCAGGCCGACGACACCAAGAUGGCCGUAGCCCUGGCCACGGUGGACGGGUUCGUGUACUCGGCAGGGGACGACAAGGUCGAGUUCUCGAUGCAGUCCAUCUCCAAGGCGUUCGUGUAUGCCAUGGCCAUCGAGGACGUCGGCAUGGCGUGCGUGCUGGAGAAGGUGGGGGUCGAGCCGUCGGGGGACGCCUUCAACCAGCUGUCGCUGCAGCGCAACACCAACCGUCCGAUGAACCCGAUGAUCAACGCCGGGGCUCUGGCGUCGCACUCCUUGGUGUGCGGGACCGAGGCCACCGAGCAGCAGAGGGAGGAGCGCAUCAUCGCCACGCUGUCCGACCUGGCCGGCCGGCGGCUGAGCGUCGACGAGGCCGUCUUCCACGCCGAGCUCAAGGACGCCGACCGCAACAUGGGACUGGCCUACAUGCUCAAGGCGGCCGGCAUCAUCACCGGCGACCCGCGCGCCAUCGUCCGCGGCUACAUACGCCAGUGCUCCGUCAACGUCAACGUGCACGACCUGGCCAUCAUGGCCGCCACCCUCAGCAACGCCGGCAUCAACCCCGUCACCGGCAAGCGCGUCAUGCCGCAGGAGACGGUGCGCCAGGUCCUCUCCGUCAUGACCACCUGCGGCAUGUACGACGCCGCCGGCGACUGGGUAUCGCGCGUCGGCAUCCCGGCCAAGAGCGGCGUCGCCGGCGGCAUCAUAGGCGCCCUGCCCGGUCAGAUGGGCCUCGCCGUCUUCUCCCCCAAGCUCGACGGGCGCGGUAACAGCGUCAGGGGCGUGCUGAUGUGCGAGAAGCUCUCGUCCGACAUGGGCCUGCACAUGAUGGACAUCCGCCACGUCGCCAGGGCCACGGUGCACACCCGUACCGUCACCAUCGCCGGCGGCGCCCACGCGUGCGAGCAGAAGGUCCCCAUCUUCGGCCUGCGCGGUGCCGUCCGGUUCGCCGGUGCCGAGCGCCUCACCCGCACCGUCCUGCGCGAACUCUCGCCCGCCGACAAGGACGACCCCGGUUCCGGCCGCUAUGCCGGCGCCUGUGCCGUCGUCUUCUCCUUCACGGAGACCUACUCUCUACACAGUGUUGCCCAGAGGGUGAUCCAGGAGACCAUCCGUCACCUUUUCGCACUGAGCAGAAACGUCGUCCUCAUAGACCCAAAUCACCUGCUGACGCUCGAGGAGGACCUGCGGGACAGGCCCAUCACCGUCGUCAACGAUGAUGAGGAAGCCAGCCUGCACAUCGGCGGCACUGGCUGCCACCCCGUAUCGUACGGGGAAGGGCUAUGA